AUUGGUCGAAAAUAAUAUGGUGAUUUUAAGAGUAAAUCUGAAUGUUUAUUAAUGAGAAAAAUCAUCAAAACAAAUAGUGAAAAACUGAGUGAAAUAUUAAAUAAAACAAGCGAAAAGAUGGAGGAAGAGUUACCGGAUGACUUUCAGCCGAUUCCGGACAUCCCGGAUCUUUCUACGCUUGAUGCCUUGUUGAACUCCGACAACGACUUCAGCGAUUUGUUCGGAGACCACAACCUACUAGAUCUCGAUGAAAACUGUCUCAUGGACUACUCGGAUUUACAACAACACGACAGCAAUGACAGCAACUCAAAUCCCCCAAUUACUCUUUCACCCGUCAAUAACGACAAUUACAAAGAUAACAAAGCGAUAAUCGACAAACGAACUGUCAAAGCGACAGCUAAAAACACACCUAAAGCGGCAGUUAAAAACUCGAGUAGUUCGAAUGAUUUCUUGAGCAAUCAUCACGAUGAUCAUCGUGUUAAUAGUGAUCGAUUCGUACAGGGCGUCCCGAAGAUGGGAAAUGAGAAGCGUAGUGUUGGAGGAAAUUCCGAACGGGUAAUUGUUCCAGCCAGUAACGGUACUUUACAGUCAAGUCAGCCCGUAAUUUACGCUACGAACGUGAACGGAAUGUUUGGAAACAUCGGAAAUCAAGGCAACAUGAUGAAAAACGGGGCCGUUUUAUUGCAAAAUGUCCCAGUCGAACAAAUGCGCCCCGUUGUUUUGCAGGCGAAAAUACUGAAAUCAGAUUCGCAGGUUAUGCAGCCCACAGUAGUCUACACGACGUCCGUACCAACAGCUAAUACUCACACGUUUCAAAUCCAAAACGGUACUCUCUUGAACACCAACGGGAUUCUAACGGCCACAACAGGAAUACCCGUGUUGCUGGAUUCCGAAAAUCGAUCAGUCAAUCGAGUGCCCAUCAACCGAGUCCAACCGGUGAAGAUCCGAGAAGGCAAACGCAGCGCCCACAACGCCAUCGAGCGAAAAUACAGGACGAGCAUCAACGAUAAGAUCCUCGAAUUGAAGAACAUCGUCGUAGGAGAGGAAGCCAAAUUGAACAAAUCGGCCAUCCUUCGACGCGCCAUCGAGUACAUCCGCUUCCUGCAGAACUCCAACGCUCGCCUCAAGCAGGAGAACAUGACGCUCAAAAUGUCGGCGCAACGCAGCUCCCUCAAGGACCUUCUCACCAACGGGGAUCCACCGAAGUUCCGCGUGGAGGACACGCCGCCGCAUUCGGAUCGCUCGUACUCGCCCGAUCGCUCGCUGCCCGGCAGCCCGGAGACCUUUGCCGGCCACUUCGACGGGCACGGGGCGUUUUCGGCCAACGUGGACCUCAAGGAUGACAGCGAAGAGGAGAGCUUGGAUUCGCCGAAGGAGAUCUUGAAGCACAGGGGAAUGCUGGACGGUUCGCGAUUGACCCUGUGCGUGUUCAUGCUGGUUAUGAUAGCGGUGAAUCCGUUCAAGGUGGCUUUGGAUAAGUACGGUGUAGGAGAUAGUACGAGAGGGUUCGAAGGAAGGGGGAUUUUGUGGUCCGAGCCGGCUUCGGUGUCGUUUUCCCCUUCGGCUUUGAUCCUGUGGUUUAUAAAUAUCGCCAUUUUGACGUUUUGUUUGGUGAAAAUGUUCGUAUUUGGUGAUCCGGUGAUACCGGCGCAAUCCAAGCAGGCGCAGAAAUUCAGCAUUCACCGGUUGGAGGCGGAUAUGUGCUUGAAAAAAGGCGAUAAAAUAGGAGCUAAACAACAAUUAUUACGCUGUUGCCAAAUGUACGGAUUAACGUUGCCUACGAGCAGAUUCGAAUUGUUUCUGUCGUUUCUAUGGCAACUGUUUAGGCAGUGUAUGCACCGUUUGUGGAUCGGCCGAUGGUUGUCCAGACACACCGGCGGUUUUUUCAUCGACAGGUUUAAAAGAUUCGAAGCCCAAACGUCCUGCAAAGAGUUGGCCCUGGUGUUCAACGACCUGCACAAAAUCCAGCUGGUGAGCGGUCCGGAGGAGACAUGUCACUUGAUCGGUUUGACCACUUGUUUGAGCGCUCUAAAUUUGGCCGAGGCGGCGAAAGAUCGCGUGAAACCCGUCGAUAUGAUCGACAUUUACGUGGGCGUAGCGCUCAGGAUCAAAGCUAGUUUGCCUAGUUUCUUGCAUUUCGUACAGAGGUACUAUUUGGGAUUGGCCAAAUUGUCGUCGUUGAACUCCUGCGAUCCGAUACCGAAGCGUUUGCAAUGGCUGUUCACGCCUUACGGUUACAAAUUUUUCAUAUCGCACAAAUUCACCAACGACUCGAAGAACAGGGAUUUGCCGUUCAGCGUAAUUGGCAACGCCGUGGAUCCCUUGGGCAUCCAAAUGAAGGUGUAUCGAGAGCAUCUUUUGGAAAAGGCGCUGCUCAUCCUUUUAGCUCCCGGCCAGAGGACCGAAAACGGCGAGGAAAAGAGAAUCGUGGACGUCAGCGACGCUCUAGUCUACAUCGAUUUACUCAAAGAAAAUAUAUCGGUCGACGCUCGAACGGUAUUCGGAAUCAACUCCGAACAAUCUCACCAAGACAAAGUGGCCCAAUGGUGGAUGACGUUCCUGUCGAUCGCCUCCCAUUGGCUCUUGGGCGACCAGGACCUCGAUCAGUUGUACAAGAAGAUCGAAAUGAUACCGGAACCGUUGGCCUCGCUGAACGACCCGCUGCCCAAGUCCAUCGUAGCCGCCUUCGUCGCCAGAAAGGACUAUUUAUCGUCGGAUUCCGAGAUGAGGACCACCGCGAAGAAGGUCCUUUUACAGUGCGAGUACGCCAGCCAUCUGUUGGCCGAUAGUUUGUCGUUCGCCGUUUGCAAGAAGAAGGAUAAUAUGGUGGCGCUGGCACAAUUGUUAGUGUGCGAUUGGCUAUUGGAAACGAGAACUUCGCUUUGGGAGGAUUGCGUUGAAAACGGAUUGAAAACGCCCGUUUCUAAUUGGGUGUUGUCAUCGUUUCAAGACGAUUUGAAUUCGUUGAGAUCGCUGGCCGAUCACGUGCCUACCGCUUUGUCGAGGGUGUUUUUGUACGAAGCCACGGCCAGAUUGAUGGCGGGCGCCGCCCCCGGCAGGACGCAGCAACUACUCGACAGGAGUCUGAGGCAGAGGCACGCCAAAUCGUCGAUUAUUUGCGGGAAAAGCGAUAAAAACCAGCAAGUGUUGAGCGGCGAAAGACAGCACGCGACGGCCUUGUACAUGGCGUGUAAGCAUCUACCGGGUCCUCUGUUAUCUUCGCCAGGAGAACGAGCAGGAAUGUUGGUCGAAGCGGCUAAAACUCUGGAGAAAAUCGGCGAUAAGAAGAGGUUGAACGAUUGCGUGAGAUUUAUGAAGACUUUGGGUACUACUAGCGCCGUUAAUAAUUGAUUUAGUUGAUUGUAUUGUACAAAUUAUUUGGUGGGAUGUGAAAUGAAAUUGUUAAAAAACGACGUUUGCUAAGAAAUUUAGAAGUAAUUUUAAUUUAUAGUAUUUAUUGUAUAUGUUUUUUAUACUUUAAUAUAGGCUUGUAUAAUAAAGUAGUUGAUUUA